ACUCAGCGGGCUUGCUCUGGUGUCUACGAGUCGGAAUUACCAACUGUUUGGCAUCCUAUGAUUAAUUCAUCAUGUGAUCUAGUGCUGUCGUUAAACAAAAACAAACUAUAUACCGUCAUAUUGUAAAAACUUCCUUUUCAUUCUUUUGGAGCAGCCGUCAUAUUGUCAAAACUUCCUUUUGAUUCUGUCUUGGGCUGACACACGAUUUUGAUGAAAACGUUAAUAUUUUUUCUCAAUCCUUUUUUUUUUUUUUUUUUUUUGUAAACUUUUAUUUAGAAUAGAUCAGCCACAUUAAUUGUAUAUAAUCCUAUUUCGUAUAUGUUUACAAUCCCCAAUUUUACAUUACUUAAAACGGAAAUCAAUGUCUCUGAUCUCGUUUCUAACCAAUCAGCAGCAAGAUCACGCUCUGGCACAUGGCGGCGUGCACGAUGAGAUUGUCACUGGAUAAUAAUUGAUAGUUUCCCCACAAUUAAUGUUAUUUUGCUAAAACAUUGAGUGACAGCUGUCAAUCAAAUAAUGGGUAACGUGUUCGCGGCCGGUGCACCACCUGUAAAUAUUCCACCCCCGCCCCUGGGCGCCCCUCCGCCUCCCACGGAGCAGCCGGCGACCUCUGGUUCCACGCAGACUAAGGUAGAGGACACCAGAAACCCGGGCAGUUUUGAAGAUCUCCAUAAAAAGUGCAAAGAUAUAUUUCCACAAGUGUUCGAGGGAGGCAAACUGAUCGUGUCAAAGGGUUUAAGCAGCCACUUUCAGAUCAGUCACACUCUGUCUCUGUCGACGUUCCAGCCGUCCGGCUAUCGGUUUGGUGCUACGUACGUUGGGAUAAAGCAGCUCAGUCCUACUGAGUCGUUUCCUGUUAUUAUUGGUGACAUUGACCCAAGUGGUAACCUUAACGCAAACAUCAUUCAUGCAUUUACGGAUUCUAUACGGGCCAAACUUGUAGCUCAAAUUCAAAACAACAAGUGUGUUGCUACGCAAGUAACAGCAGAUUACAAGGGAACAGAUUUCACAUCAUCACUAACGUUAGGAAAUAUAGAUAUUGUUAAUGAAUCAGGUAUAGCAGUAACGCAAUAUUUACAGAGAGUAACGCCUAGUUUGGAUCUGGGAGCUGAACUUCUCUACCAAUAUGGACAGCAGAUUCCUGGUGGCAUGGUCACAGUGUUGUCUUUAGCUGGUCGUUACUCGGGCGAGAACUGGCAGUUGAGUGGUAACAUUAGCCCGCUAGCAGGCAGCCUUCACUCGUGUUAUGUUCAUAAGAUCACUGACCAGCUGCAGAUAGGCGCCGAACUCGAGACCAGCUUACGGCUGCAGGAGAGCGUCGCCACCAUCGGCUACCAGAUAGAAGUUCCUAAUGCCAAUGCUACAUUUAGAGGUCAGCUAGAUACUAAUUGGUGUAUUGGUGCUGUUCUAGAAAAAAAACUUCCUCCUUUCCCAUUUACUCUUGCAUUGAGUGGCUACGCGAACCACGUGAAGGGACAGUAUAGGUUUGGUGUUGGACUCAUUGUCGGCUGAGGCCCGUACAUAAACAUAUACACAUACAUAGAUAUAGGGUGUGGUGUUUGCCGAACGGUAUCUGCAGCUACUUGAGGGCAACGUGCACUCCAAACCAUUUUGGUCUCUUUAUAGGACUGGCAGUGGAUUUUAUCUGCAACCAGCGGCGAAGAAAAAAGUGUUCAUUGUAUAGGAUUUUGCUUGACUGCAUUUCAAGGAAAGCAACGUGGAAUCAUCAUGUGUUUUUACAGCUAGAUAACUGUGGUCUUCUAAUAGAGAAUGUGACAUUAACAAAUAUGUACAUGGGGAAGACAACUCCGUUAUUGCGAGUUGGCUGGCAGGGGAGUUGUUGCCGGGGAUAUAAUGGUGUUGCCAUGGGCCCAGAACAAAUAGGAACUGGGAGAUCUUUUGUAUUCAUAUUAGGAUUAUUAUUUUUUAUUGUUAUUAUUUUUUACUCCGAUUUUCAUUACCUUUGCAUUAAAACUAAAUGGUUUCACCAUUAUUUAAUUUGAAAGAGAAACUAGCUACCAAUAAAUAUUAAUGGUUGAUUGAGCUUAUCACACUAGGUUGGCGUCAGCUGGUGUUUUCACCAACUGGUUGCUGGUGCAUAUUAUGACCUCAUUACAUAUGACAGUGGUGAGAUCUAGUUUGGUCGGUAUAGCAAACACAUACGGUGCUUGACUUUUUCUUCUUCUUCGUCGUACGCUUGGCUUUUAAGGUGGAUACAUUGGGUGUUUUUUUUCCUGUGCCAUCUUGUCUGGGAUGGUGCAUAAAAAAGAUCCCUUGCUACUAAUCGACAAAUGUAGUGGGUUUCAUCUCUAUGACUGUCAAAAUUACCAUAUGUUUGACA